CUGAUCGUUUACCAGGACUGUGAGCGGAGAGGCAGGCAAGUCUUGUUUGACUCUAAAGCUGUUCACAAGAUUGAAGACGCAGCAACUCAGAAAGCAGAGGAUGGCCCUGUUAAAGUGUCCGCCCGGUGCUGCCAGGGAAGCAGCGGCAGCGGCGGCACCUCCUACCACGGUUCUCCUGGAGCAUCUUUGCAGAAUGCAAAGGAGCAGCUUCCCAAGUACCAGUAUACAAGACCAGCGUCUGAUGUCAACAUGCUGGGAGAAAUGAUGUUUGGUUCAGUUGCAAUGAGUUACAAAGGCUCUACCUUAAAGAUACACUAUAUAAGGUCUCCUCCACAACUGAUGAUUAGUAAAGUCUUCUCUGCUAGAAUGGGCAGCUUCUGUGGGAGCACAAAUAACUUGCAAGACAGCUUUGAAUACAUCAACCAAGAUCCUAACUUGGGAAAACUGAACACAAAUCAGAAUAAUUUGGGUCCUUGUCGUACUGGAAGUAACCUAGGUCUGCUGCAAGCUUGCGGCAGCAAACUGCUGCAGGGGGUAGCUGAAGGAGGACCCCUCCAGCUCACCCGGAGUGCUUCUUUCUUUGCAGCUCACAGCACACCUGUUGACAUGCCAAGCAGAGGCCAGAAUGAAGACAGGGACAGUGGCAUUGCUCGCUCAGCCUCUCUGAGCAGCCUUUUGAUUACACCUUUCCCAUCUCCAAGCUCCUCGACAUCCUCUUCCAGUAGCUACCAGCGCCGCUGGCUUCGGAGUCAGACAACAAGUCUAGAAAAUGGCAUCAUUCCAAGGAGGUCAAUUGAUGAGACGUUCAGCUUGGCUGAAGAAACCUGUAGUUCCAACCCAGCCAUAGUUCGGAGGAAGAAAAUUGCCAUAAGCAUCAUCUUUUCCUUGUGUGAAAAAGAAGAAGCACAAAGAAAUUUCCAAGACUUCUUUUUUUCUCAUUUCCCCCUAUUUGAAUCUCACAUGAACAGGCUGAAGAGUGCAAUUGAAAAGGCCAUGAUCUCCUGUAGGAAGAUAGCCGAUUCAAGUCUCCGUGUCCAGUUUUACGUCAGCCGUCUGAUGGAAGCUCUAGGAGAAUUCAGAGGGACGAUCUGGAACUUAUAUUCUGUUCCAAGGAUAACCGAACCAAUAUGGCUUACCAUGAUGUCCAGCACUUUGGAAAAAACCCAGCUGUGCCAGCGCUUUCUCAAGGAGUUUACACUCCUGAUAGAGCAGAUCAAUAAAAACCAGUUUUUUGCUGCCUUAUUGACUGCAGUGUUAACCUACCACCUGGCUUGGGUACCGACUGUGAUGCCUGUUGACCACCCUCCCAUUAAAGCCUUCUCAGAGAAACGCACCUCCCAGUCCGUGAACACCCUGGCCAAAACGCACCCUUACAAUCCUCUCUGGGCGCAGCUGGGUGAUCUUUACGGAGCCAUUGGCUCUCCAGUGAGGCUGACUCGCACCGUGGUGGUGGGGAAGCAGAAGGAUUUGGUCCAGCGCAUACUUUAUGUCCUGACCUACUUUCUCCGCUGUUCUGAGCUUCAAGAGAACCAACUGACCUGGUGUGGGAAUUACAGCGAAGGUGAACAAAUGCUAAAUGGGAGCAAGAUCACAACAGCCUUGGAGAGAGGAGAGGUGGAGGAGUCGGAGUAUGUGGUGGUGACGGUGAGAAGCGAGCCUGCUCUUCUUCCCCCCAUCCUGCCACCCACCACUGCUGAGGGAAGGAGCCCUGAGCCCGAGGGCUUGGCUGGGGCGCCAGAGGGCACGGACCUGAGAGACCUGUGUCCCCAACCUGACAGUGAAGGAAACAAGAGGCCAGCGCAGAGUCCUGAGGCCUGCAGCCUGGGGUUCCCAGAGCCAGCAAUGGCCAGCUCUUGGAAACCUCAGGGGCCACUCUGUGAGGGUGAAGACUGUAAAGGAGAGCCCCCUCAGGAUGGCUCUUCAGGGCUCUCCAACUGUGAAGUUCUGGGGGUGGGACUGAAGAUCGGGGGACAGACUGUCAAUGAGGACUUGAAAGGGUGGAAAGGGGAGGUGCCUAGAAAAUUACCAGAGCGGUCAGCGGCCUGGCCUUGCCCUGACAGACAUUCCCAGGAGAAGGCUCCCUUAGAAAAGGUCACUUUCCAAAUUGGAAGCUCCUUAUCUCCAGAGUCGGACCUGGAAAGUCGCACUAAAAAAAUGGAAGAGCGGCUGAAGGACUGUGGACAGUGCCCAGGUGCGGCCAGUCCCUUGGCUGAACGCAGGGUGGCUGCUGAGGUCAUUCGGGACCAGCAGGUGCCUGGGUGCCCCUUUGCCCCAGGGUUCGGGAAGAAUGUCUGCUGCCCCCAGGGUCUGCCUUCAGAGGGCGAGGACGCUGAAUUUGACAGGGGUUUUGCCAAGGACAGAGGCAUCAGACCCGAGGUUGCGACGAUGGCGGCGGGGCAGCCGAGUCCACCUGCAUCUGCUGAAGACCGCGCGGCAGGAGCAAGGUGGUGCGCGCUGGCGGCCACCGGAGGUUUGUGCCUGAAGGAUGCAGGAGGACCUUUGACGGCACCUGUGCCAAGUAGGGGUGCCCAGCAGGACUCCGGCUUCUCAGUGGCCGCACAUGUCCCCUGUGGGGACACCGACCGCAGAGCCGCCCGCAGGGCAGCAGGAGACAUCCCCAGAAAUGAGAGCGCGGACAGCGCUCUUGGCGAUAGUGACGACGAGGCCUGCGUCUUGGCCACGCUACCCGCGGGCCCCGGAGACCCCGCGGCAGGGGCGGCGGAAGUGGAGCUCCCUCUGCCCAGCUCUCAGAGCAUCAGCAACCCAAACGUGAGAAACUUCGGCCGCUCACUCCUGGCGGGUUACUGUCCCACCUACAUGCCUGACCUGGUGCUUCAUGGGACCAGCAGCGACGAGAAGCUGAAGCAGUGCCUGGCGGCUGACCUGGUCCACACCGUGCAUCAUCCAGUGCUUGAUGAGCCGAUCGCUGAGGCCGUCUGUAUCAUCGCAGACACGGACAAGUGGAGUGUGCAGGUAGCCACGAGCCAGAGGAAGGUGAUGGACAGCAUGAAACUAGGCCAGGACGUCCUGGUCUCCAGCCAGGUGUCCAGUUUACUUCAGUCCAUUUUACAGCUUUAUAAGCUUCACCUCCCAGCUGAUUUUUGCGUCAUGCAUCUCGAAGACAGGCUACAGGAGAUGUACCUUAAAAGCAAGAUGCUGUCUGAAUAUCUUCGCGGGCACACACGCGUCCAUGUGAAAGAAUUAGGUGUCAUCCUGGGGAUUGAAUCCAACGACCUGCCUCUGUUGACGGCUAUUGCCAGUACUCAUUCCCCUUACGUCGCUCAAAUACUCUUGUAACCUAAAGCUCAGGAUAGUUCUUCCUUGGAAGAAAAAACAAAUCAGAGUCUCAGCUGAAGGAGACAGGAAUAAGCCCUCUGACGUCAGAGGCCUAAGAGGAGCAAACAAACAAUCGCGCCUCCGCUUCCUUGUUGCUUUCAGUUGGCGCCUUCAUUGAAGACUUCGGGCUACUGGACAUAAUGGCAUUUAUGUCUCUUGCGAACACUUUAGGCCUUUUGUUGCCCACGCCUCAGCAGAGAGUGACCUUUCAGGGAGCAGGAAACAUAAGCGCUGCGCUUAACACUAAGCCCUCGUGCACCCGGGCAGACAGCGCAGCGACCAUUCCAGAAGGAAAGCGGGAGUCCUCCUGCCCAAGAAUGCAUAUUGUGCCACUCCCGGAGACCGGCGGCAGGAGGACUUUGGGCUCCAGAGCGGAGCUGACUUUUUAUCGCAGCGAAAGGAAGGACGCCCCUGCCGCCUCUGGCUCUGGGAGCUGCAGCUACGGCUGACACAGCACGAGGAGGCCUGACUGCCGGAGGAGGGGGCCUCAGGGACCCACCGGCCUCACGACGUUGUGGCCUCACGACGUUGCGGCGUUUCCCUUGUUUGGCGGGCGGCCAUGGGGAGGUUGGCGGUGGGUGGCUGGUCAGAGAAUCCGAGUCGCAGCCCCGACUGAGGUGGCCGCGGCUGCGGACGGCUCUGCCCCGACCCCACCUGCAGACUCGGGAGCCCUCGCAGCCUCUCUGCGAGAGGCCGAUUACCAAAGUGAUUUCUAUCAACUCAAGAGUGUUUCUGUUGCUAAAUCUUCCAGCCGAAGUCACUUUCUUCUUAUAACAGUUGAUACAAAUGGCUAUUUAUACUUUAAAAGGCACAGCUGGCCUGGCGGGACGUGAAAGCCGCCACAGCUCAGGAUGCCUGAUGAAAGUCAUUCAUUUGAGCAUUGAUAAACCAUCCGUAGAUGACCGACAUUUUUGCAUUAUCAUCUCUGUGCCUUCUAAUCCCGCUAUCCUUUUCAAAACACCUUUCCAGAAAUUAACUUUCACAUAGCUCCAAAAUGAAAAAGUAUUGAUUUAUUAGCAUAGUUCCAAAACUUAUUUCUCUGUUAAUUUGAAAGACAUUUUACUUCGUUUACUCAUGGUGAAACAGACUAUGUACUGACAUCCAAGAUCAAGGAAAGACUUAACAAUGGAUAGUUACCGACGGGAGCUGAUCUAGUGAAGCAAAACAUUGUGAGCACCUUGAAGAUCUCCUGUGGGUUUCUGUGGAGUUUGUGAUAACCAGGCUCGGUUUCCUUUCAUUGUUCUCUGCAUUAAUUCCAAUUCCGCCCCAGUGCAUCUCUUCUGUAUUUAAGAAUUUUUAGGGAUUAGAAUGUCUUCAGUUCUUCUACUUGAUGAAGUCCUGAUCCUGAACACCCAGUGAUACAAGCUUGUGUGUUUAUUCUUUUAACAAAUGCAGGUUAAUUGCCUGUUUGAUAGAGAAUAGCACCGAGAAAGACAAAUAGCUCUGUUAUUUCUUAGGAAUAAUGAGAAGUAGGUCCGGACGGGCACCUUUCUCACUCAUUUUUUACAGUGUGAAACGGACAGACUUUUACAAUCUUUAAUUUCUAUUCCCUGUCCUUCCUGAGAUUGAAGUUUUGCCUUCCUUUCCUUCUGUUUCCAUGUGCCUCACAUCUGAAUGUGGAGUUUUGCAGUCUAGUCCCAUGACAUCAUACUGUUGGGUCACACAGAGAGAAUGAACCUGACCUGUGGCUGGGCUCUCUGUCAUUUGUUUUUCAUUACAUGUGAGUCAAUGGUAAGAGCUGAUGUUACAUUGUCACAGCUGCACCAGCUUAAAGCAUUCCCCCGUCUCCCCUUCCCUGUUCCUUGUUUACAGUUUUGGGCACUUUCCCUCAUUCACCACCUUCCAGGGUUUCGUAGAAAAUAAGUAGAUACAAAAUCAGUUCCAUGCACAUGUACGCAUAGUGCGUGUUGAAAAUUAGACCCAGAUAAGGGGGACAUUUAGCUUUAAGUGGCUGAUUCUAAACUCCACACGUAAAAGAUUUAGCCCAGCCCCCUCAAAGCCUCCGAAAAUUUAAUUUGCCUCUUAAGCUACUGUUCCAGUACACUCUCAGAAAACGUCUGUUGGAAAACUGCAAGUGGGUCACCUGUGGGGGUUGUCUCAGCAACGCUCAGGAUUCCAGUCAGAACCUAAUCCUCACAUCGAUGGCCUGCAAAAACAGACCAAGAAUGUUGCUGCUCUUUUAUGGUCCUCCUAUGAAUAACAUGCAAGUUGUGUUUGUCUCAAGUUCAACCUCUUCCCAAGAGUAGAAAAGAAAACCAGCUCAUGGAAUCGUGUUGAGGUACAGCCACUCACACACCCGCCACCCCGGCGGCUUCAUUCUGUUUUAGCUAAGAGGCUUCCAGGCCCACCUCAAGGAGGAAAAAAAAAAUUUUUUUUAAAAAAUAAAAAAAAGAAAGAGAAAACUACCUCAGUUGACAGGAUUCCACCUUUAGGGUUUCUUCAACUUUUAAGUCUUACCUGUUGAGUGUGACUUUUGUAGCAUCUUGCUUUUUUCAAGCAAGCCGGCGAGGCGUGACAGCAGGCUGUAUAUAUAUCCUGUGGUGGACUUAUUUCUAGCAUGUCGCUGUCUUAUUUUUAACAGAUUGAUGAGUGAGACGAAUGUAAAGAUAACUGUACGUUUAGACGUGACAAUGAAAAUCUGAAAUGUAGCUUCCAUACUUGUGCAUAAUUCCAAAGUAUUUUAUUUUUAUCAGUGUUAAAUAGCUUUUUGUACAGGCUCCAAUCCAUUUUUCCUGAAGUGUACUGUUUUUUAAUGAAAGUAACUUUUCACAUCCCAUGGAAUUUGCCGUUUACACAUCACAACUUUUUAAACUUACCAUAUUUUUCAAAAUUAACUUUUUUGAGGGAGGAAAAUCCCACUUACUACAUGAUACUAAACUGUUGUUUAGGAUCUUAUAAUUAGGUCCUGAGAUUUUAUAAAAAUUUAGUCUGUAGCUUUUUAGGUUCUUCACUAGAGUUGUACAUAAAAAUAAAGACUAUAAAGUGAACCCCCAACUUCUUUUAAAUGUCUGGAUUUUUCCACUAAUACGUACUUUUGAAAGCAUUUUGUUUAUGCAUAGAUUCGCCAUCAAAUUGAAAAAGUCUUUAGUUUCUCUUGGUAAAUGUGGACCAUUUGUUUUUUAUUGUGUUUGGGGGAGGGCGUUUUAAUAAAUACUUGCCUAAAUCAGCUGUCCCCUCUAAAUGUUAAUUUUUAAACAAAAUUGGGUGAAACAUAUAGCUGGGAAGCAGAAUUGCACUAUGGGUAAAUUUCACUGAUGUUAAAUAAGGAGACAAUUCUGGAAUUUGUUAUUGAAGCACCAUUAAUACAAAUGGGUAGUUUAUAUUUUUGAUCUCUUCAAUAGACAUCAAUGUCAAUGAGUGGAAAUUUUUUCUUAAAACUUACUCAUGUAUUACUUUGAUCCAUUUAUCUGUGGCAUUUGGUGCAAUAAACCUUUUGAAUU